AGGGCUUCGAACAUUGUCGCGGUUCGCGGAACACCAAACAAAAUUUUUCACCAGUCCCAGAGCCACUGGAAAAACAAAAGUGUUAAAAGUUCAACACCACUAUCAACACCACAGUUGAAGGAUUCUGAAUAACACAUAGAAGACUACGCCAAAAUGGAAAACGAUAAGGGUCAACUCGUUGAAUUGUACGUUCCAAGAAAGUGCUCUGCCACCAACAGAAUUAUCAAGGCUAAGGACCACGCUUCUGUCCAAAUCAACAUUGUCAACGUUGACGAGUCUGGUCGUGCUAUCCCAGGUUCUUUCACCACCUACGCUCUUUCCGGUUACGUUAGAGCCCGUGGUGAGGCUGAUGACUCCUUGAACAGAUUGGCUUCCAAGGAUGGUUUGUUGAAGAACGUCUGGUCUUACUCCCGUUAAAGAGAGAUGGAUUGUAUUAAAGUCAUGUUCAUUUUUUAAUAUAAGGAAAAGCAAAAAGGUUUACGGAACCGUAGGCUCCACCGGUGUGU